AGUGCCCCGGACGUGAGGCUAGACGAUUGGUGGGGACCAGGGUUCCAUCCUUCAAGUGCUGGAGUCAAUGACCGCAGCUGUAUCUGCUUCCAGCCAUCGACAGACCAAUCCAUGACCAUUGUCCAGGCCGCAUUCGUCGCGAAUGAUGCAAUAUCAGAAGCGACUCGAUUCACAAGGACGAAUCACACGCUGAGGUGGGAGUGACAGCGCUCAUGGCAGAAGACGCCGAGGCAUCGCAGCAGUUCUGGCGAUUGACUAUGCCGUCAUAUUGACACCAGACACUGAACGCUGCCAGUGAGCCAGCACUUACCACCAAAAGUGAAGGGCACCGAGGGGCAUGCAAUAACAUCAUGCCCCAGUUGCUCCCGUCUUACUCACUGCGAGUACAGUAGUAGUGCUACAACUGCGUUGUCCUUGACAUAUAUUUGCACCAGAAUACCUUCCUGCCUAUCACUUCCCGCCUCCAGGACCCUUGACGCAACCGCUGAAAUCGAGAGCAUAUUAAACCACUACUCCCACCGCCGAGCAUCCGGACCACAAAUACCGAAAUGACUCCCAACAUCCUCAAGCAACACACAGACACAUCCAAGUACAUCGGGCAGAAACCAGACACAAAAGAGAACGACCCCAACAACAAUAACUACCAGAACUACAAUCCAGCCCCCGGAGCCUCGUCGUCUUCUUCUUCCGACAACUCCUCCAACAUGCCAGCCGACGCAUCAGCCAGAAGCGGCAAGGCCCUCGACUCGGGCGCCACCGCUGGCAACCAGUCUCUUCAUUCCGAGACCGCUCUGCCCGAGGGCACUGGUUCCAAGGGAUCAGCACCAUUACUGAGCUCCGAGGGUGCCAUUGGUCACCAGUUCACCGAGCACGGCGCCAUUGGAGGAACGGCCCAGGCCAUCGGUGGCCCGUUGGACAAGGAGGGAGCCAUUGGCAAACAUUUCAAAGGCGAUGGAACUCUGGGCGGCACGGUGAACAAGCUGGUCGGCGGCGACAAAUAAACAUAAAAAAGGGACCAGCUGGGCACUUUUCCCAAAUUGACUCGGGAUCUCGAAAAUGAUAGGCAUGUUCCACGCUGGCGAGGAGUCCAUCCGUCUACGAAUAUGAAACUCACUCAAUUGAGUCCUGUAACAAUAGCAAACAGAGCGUAUUGCUAACACUGUUAAUUGUGCAAACUAUGUGGAAUUCGACUCUGAAAGUCCUCUACAGAACCUGCGAGUGAUGUGUCCAUCCUACUGCAAGUGUAGACGUAAACUCAUAGGCACCUAGCUAGGUAAAGGCUACCUAACGAGUCCACAUCAAGGAUUGAG